CUCACCCCAGAAGAAUGACCUCCACCAUAAGACCAUCCUCACCCUAGAAGAAUGACCACCACCAUAAGACCACCCUCAUACCCAGAAGAAUGAACACCACCAUAAGACCACCCUCACUCCAGAAGAAUGAUCCCCACCGUAAGACCACCCUCACCCACAGAAGAAUGAUCACCACCAUAAGACCACCCCAACCCAGAAGAAUGACCACCACCAUAAGACCAUCCUCAUCCCCAGAAGAAUGAUCACCACCAUAAGACCACCCUCACCCACAGAAGAAUGAUCACCACCAUAAGACCACCCCAACCCAGAAGAAUGAUCACCACCAUAAGACCAUCCUCAUCCCCAGAAGAAUGAUCACCACCAUAAGACCACCCUCACCCCCAGAAAUGUGUUACAGUGUGUCACCCCGGUAGUAAGGAGAUUACAUGGGGAGGGUGUUUGCUACAUUGUGUCACUGGUUCUGUGAUUCAGGCUCCUUUUAUUCAGGACUAUCCCCUCUAGCUGAUCCAGUUGUCUCCUCUUCCCCUCCAGCUGAUCCAGUUGUCUCCUCUUCCCCUGAAAGACCCCCAAGGAUGGACAAGGACAGGAAUGAGACGACUAAGAGAAUAUUACACUUCACCUUGGAGAUCCUCCACCUGCUGACCGGAGAGGAUUACACCAUAGUGAAGAAGACAUGGGGGGAGUGUGUGGCCCCCAGCAGCCAUCUCCAUGAGUCAGGAGGACGGAGCAGGGCCCGGGGCCCCAUCACAGAGCCUCCACCUCACUCACUGAUACAUGAGGAGAAGAUCCUAGAACUCAUCCACAAGAUCACUGAGCUGCUGACUAGAGAGGUUCCUAUAAGGUGUCAGGAUGUGGCGGUCUAUUUCUCCAUGGAGGAGUGGGAGUAUGUAGAAGGACACAAGGAUCUGUACCAGGACAUGAUGGAGGACCACCGGCCCCUCACAUCACAAGAUGGAGUCAUUGAUAGAAAUCCACCCGAGAGGUGUCCCUGCCCUCUGUAUUCCCAGGACUGUCCAGAGGGAAAUGUCCCAGAGAAGCAUCAGGGUGAAGAUCUGAUGUGUAUUAAGGUUGAGGUUAAAGAUGAACCAGAAGAGGAGACGGAUUUGGGGGCCGAUCAGCAGUAUGGAGUCAUUGAUAGAAAUCCACCCGAGAGGUGUCCCCGCCCUCUGUAUUCCCAGGACUGUCCAGAGGGAAAUGUCCCAGAGAAGCAUCAGGGGGGAGAUCUGACUAAUAAUAAAGUGGAGGAUGAAGAAGAGAGGAUGAGGGGCCAUCACCCGUGUAUGAGGGAAGUGAAGGAGGAAAUUCCAGGAGGUGUUACCCCAGUUAAUCCCAGUAAGAAUACUGAGGGCAAUGUCAUGUUAUCUGUGAGUGACAAAGGAGAAGAUGGAGAGAUCAUGGAGCGCUGCUCAGGAGAAGAUGGAGAGAUCAGGGAGCGAUACGCAGGAGAAGAUGGAGAGAUCAUGGAGCGAUACGCAGGAGAAGAUGGAGAGAUCAUGGAGCGAUACGCAGGAGAAGAUGGAGAGAUCAUGGAGCGCUCCUCAGGAAAAGAUGGAGAGAUCAUGGAGCGAUACGCAGGAGAAGAUGGAGGGAUCAUGGAGCGAUACGCAGCAGAAGAUGGAGAGAUCAUGGAGCGCUCCUCAGGAGAAGACCUCCUUACCCCUAAUGUCCAUCCAGAUCUAUUAUAUAAUAAUCCCCCUGAUCCUGGGGAACCUUCUCCUGACCAACCACACAUUGUUACCACAAAGACAGAGAAGAAAAGGAUCCAAUGUGAUGAAUGUGGGAAAUGGUUUACACAAAGAUCAACUCUUUUUACUCAUAGAAGAAUUCACACAGGAGAGAAACCGUAUUCAUGUUCAGAAUGUGGAAAAUGCUUUACAACUAAAUACAUGCUUGUUAUACACAAAAGAAUUCACACAGGAGAGAAGCCAUAUUCAUGUUCAGAAUGUGGUAAAUGCUUUUCACACAAAACAAAUCUUGUUAGACAUGUGAGAAGUCACACAGGAGAGAGGCCACAUUCAUGUUCAGAAUGUGAGAAAUGUUUUACAAGUAAAGAUGACCUAAUAAAACAUGAAAGAUGUCACACAGGAGAGAAGCCCUAUUCAUGUCCAGUCUGUGAAAAAUGUUUUGCUUAUAGAUCAAAUCUUGCUAUACAUGAGAGAACUCACACAGGAGUGAAGCCAUAUUCAUGCUCAGAAUGUGGGAAAUGUUAUACACACAAAUCACAACUCGUUAUACAUCAGAGACAUCACACAGGAGAAAAGCCGUUUUCAUGUUCUGAAUGUGGGAAAUGUUAUACACAAAAAAUACGACUUGUUAAACAUAUGGUAUGUCACACAGGAGAGAAGCCGUAUUCAUGUUCAGAAUGUGGGAGAUGUUUUACAGAUAAAUCAGAUCAUGUUAGACAUGAGAGAAGUCACACAGGAAUGACAACAUUUGUAAACUCAUCGCAUCAUUUCCUCCAGGAAUGGAGGGAGAUUCACAAAGAUCAUGCAUUGCGGUUAACAAAACUUAUUCUAUCCCGAACUGAGAAGGAGUACUCUACGGUGACAGAGGAACUUCUUAAAGCUAAAAUGGAGCUCAAAACUCGUCUGUCAGAAACCCAGUAUGCUAAUUUAAUAAAACGGAUUGAAAAACGCCUCAUACCUAUUCAAGCCAAAUUAAAGGAAAAGAAAAAAGAUAAAUUUCUUUGGGACAAACUGGACUACGAUUCAGGAAAAAUAUUUGAUUGGCAACCAAGACAACCCCGUAGAAGACGCCCAAGACCUCCUCAGAGACAAAAAGAGUAUUGGACCACCGACUCGGGCUCUGACUCCAGGGGAGGGGUUGAUCGAGAAGGAGCAGUGACUAUUUCCUCAUCCAGUCAAAUGACUGAAGCUAUCACCCCAUGUAAAUUCACUACCGUUCGGACAAUUGUCCACUUGAGACAUAUCAACUGUGACAUGAAUAUUUUUGAUUCUCAGGCCGAGGAACUCUUACAGAGGCUACGUGAUAAGAACUAUCCUGAAGCAAUGCUGCAAGAAGCUUAUAAACGGAAGUUUGUGGAGUUGCUUGCGGCCUUUACGUCCUGUCAGAUUCUGAUGGUUUCCAUGGUGGAUGAGCUUCCACAAGAGUUUGUGAUCCUUCGCCACGAGAUGCAAAAAUUGUGUGAGCGCACUGACGAGGUGGAGUGCCGAGUCUCUGCGGUUGAGGAUACUCUUCAGCCUCUGCAUGAGCAGAUGGCGUCUUUACAGCGACAAAUUACAGAUAUUCCGAUGGGUCUUGUAUUCUUUCUAAGAGACUUGUCGCUUACUCCUUUGUUACCGGCUCAGGUGGAUGCUUUAGAUGCCCCCUUUACUGCGGAGGAGGUUAUGCUUGCUAUUGCUACUUUACCUAAGGGGAAGACACCGGGUUUGGAUGGUAUGGUUGGGGACUGGUACAGGAUGAAUGCGGAGCGACUGGUGCCCAUUAUGCUGAAUCUUUUUAGAGUUGCUUCAGAGUCUGGGAUGUUGCCGUACUCUAUGCGAGAGGCCCUCAUUGUAGUUCUUUCUAAGCCAGGUUGUGGUCGGGAGCCCUCCCUGGCAGAAGUUGGGAUCCUGAGAAUCUUAUAUCAAGCCAGGAAGUUGAUCGCACAGUUUUGGAUCAGAUCCUCUCCUCCGGGAGUGGCUGAUCUCAUUGCAAGAGUAGCUCACAUAGUGAAACUUGAAAAGGGGAUCUAUACUAAGCGCAAAGUGGAGAGGAAGUUUGAUGGUGUCUGGGGUCCCUGGGUGCAAAGCUUUGAUCCCCCUGCAGAAGUGAGGUCUCCAGAACUGACCACCAUAGUGAAGAAGACAUGGGGGGAGUGUGUGGCCCCCAGCAGCCAUCUCCAUGAGUCAGGAGGACGGAGCAGGUCCCGGGGCCCCAUCAUGGAGCCUCCACCUCUCUCACUGAUACAUGAGGAGAAGAUCCUAGAACUCAUCCACAGGAUCACUGAGCUGCUAACUAGAGAGGUUCCUAUAAGGUGUCAGGAUGUGGCGGUCUAUUUCUCCAUGGAGGAGUGGGAGUAUGUAGAAGGACACAAGGAUCUGUACCAGGACAUAGUCAUGAUGGAGGAUCACCGGCCCCUCACAUCACAAGAUGGAGUCAUUGAUAGAAAUCCACCCGAGAGGUGUCCCUGCCCUCUGUAUUCCCAGGACUGUCCAGAGGGAAAUGUCCCAGAGAAGCAUCAUGGUGAAGAUCUGAUGUGUAUUAAGGUUGAGGUUAAAGAUGAACCAGAAGAGGAGACGGAUUUGGGGGCCGAUCAGCAGUAUGGAGUCAUUGAUAGAAAUCCACCCGAAAGGUGUCCCCGCCCUCUGUAUUCCCAGGACUGUCCAGAGGGAAAUGUCCCAGAGAAGCAUCAGGGGGGAGAUCUGACUAAUAAUAAAGUGGAGGAUGAAGAAGAGAGGAUGAGGGGCCAUCACCCGUGUAUGAGGGAAGUGAAGGAGGAAAUUCCAGGAGGUGUUAUCCCAGUUAAUCCCAGUAAGAAUACUGAGGGCAAUGUCAUGUUAUCUGUGAGUGACAAAGGAGAAGAUGGAGAGAUCAUGGAGCGCUGCUCAGGAGAAGAUGGAGAGAUCAUGGAGCGCUCCUCAGGAGAAGAUGGAGAGAUCAUGGAGCGCUCCUCAGGAGAAGAUGGAGAGAUCAUGGAGCGCUCCUCAGGAGAAGAUGGAGAGAUCAUGGAGCGCUCCUCAGGAGAAGACCUCCUUACCCCUAAUGUCCAUCCAGAUCUAUUAUAUAAUAAUCCCCCUGAUCCUGGGGAACCUUCUCCUGACCAACCACACAUUGUUACCACAAAGACAGAGAAGAAAAGGAUCCAAUGUGAUGAAUGUGGGAAAUGGUUUACACAAAGAUCAACUCUUUUUACUCAUAGAAGAAUUCACACAGGAGAGAAACCAUAUUCAUGUUCAGAAUGUGGAAAAUGCUUUACAACUAAAUACAUGCUUGUUAUACACAAAAGAAUUCACACAGGAGAGAAGCCAUAUUCAUGUUCAGAAUGUGGUAAAUGCUUUACACACAAAACAAAUCUUGUUAGACAUGUGAGAAGUCACACAGGAGAGAGGCCACAUUCAUGUUCAGAAUGUGAGAAAUGUUUUACAAGUAAAGAUGACCUAAUAAAACAUGAAAGAUGUCACACAGGAGAGAAGCCCUAUUCAUGUCCAGUCUGUGAAAAAUGUUUUGCUUAUAGAUCAAAUCUUGCUAUACAUGAGAGAACUCACACAGGAGUGAAGCCAUAUUCAUGUUCAGAAUGUGGGAAAUGUUAUACACAAAAAUCACAACUGGUUAUACAUCAGAGACAUCACACAGGAGAAAAGCCGUAUUCAUGUUCUGAAUGUGGGAAAUGUUAUUCACAAAAAUUACGACUUGUUAAACAUAUGGUAUGUCACACAGGAGAGAAGCCGUAUUCAUGUUCAGAAUGUGGGAGAUGUUUUACAGAUAAAUCAGAUCAUGUUAGACAUGAGAGAAGUCACACAGGAGCGACAACAUUUGUAAACUCAUCGCAUCGUAUUGUAUAGUGUUGAGCGAAAACAUUUCAUUUUACAGAAGACUCUUUGGAGUUCUUUGAAGCCAAAGUUUUUGGUAUUUGUUGUUGGUAAAUGUGGCCAAUAUAGGAGCAACUAUUGUACUGAAUUAGGAGCACAUGGAGAAUAGAUGUAGAAACACGUAACUCUGAGGGCCCGGUCAGGGGUUCGCAACAGGACGAAUUCCUCAUCCAAUUGCCGAAGAACUUUAUAGCCCAGUGAGACACGUUAUUGGAAGUCCUGGUCUCCCCUAUUAUAUAAUGAAGUCAUCCAAAAACUAUUGAUCUGUGCUGACUGUAAUAUGGAAAUCAUUUAUUUUAUAUGUAAUGCACCAAGGGGAGUCUCUCUAUUCGAGAGUGCGAUAUACUGUGUGUAAUAAAUAAUGUGAGAUAAUUGUGUAGUAUUUUGCACCA